CAGACGGCGUAGAACCAAUCUAUGGCCGCUUAUGUAGACCCUCGAUUCUCAAGAGAAGUUUUCCAUGUGUCACACCUGAACUUACUGACCCAUCGUUCCACACUUGAUACUUUCUUUUCACUGUGAACUUUUACGUCGAUUCGCACCUUCAUACUACCUCGAGGCGUGCCAACACACUCAAUCAUGAAGGUCCCUGUGGAUAGUACAGGUCACACAGGCUUCGGAAAUACCAGUCUCGGGAUCACAUGGACAUUGGUUGCUCUGGCCAUCAUAACUGUUGCUGCUCGAUUCUUGAUCCGCAAGAGGUCCUCGAAUAAAUGGGAUUCUUCGGACUGGAUUAUGCUGCUUGCAUUGGUGGUUCAGAUCAUCUUUCAGGCCAUGUACAUGGAAUUGGUUUGGUGGGGAGGAAGCUUACCAUUCGACAAAAUCAAUGCUAUUCAGAGACUAAACACAAGCAAAUGGGGGUGGAUUAGCGCUUCUCCCAGCAUUCUGACUUCUUGCAUCGCUAGAAUAUCCAUUGCCAUCUUGCUCGUUCGCAUUUUCGGCGUUCAAAAAUGGCUGAAGCGGUACCUGAUCAGUUUUACUGCACUCGUGACGAUCAUGUCCCUCCUGAGUAUCAUUUUUCUUGCGGCUCAAUGUACGCCUUGGAGUGGUCUUUGGAAUAGGACCAUCAAAGCAAAGCGUUGGAAUCCCUAUAUCUAUGCAUAUACUGCAUUAGCAACACAAUGUGAGUCUGAUACACUGUUUAUACGAUAAUUGCAUCUGCCAUCUGAGCAUAUCGUGUAACUAUCAUGGCUAAACUAACCAUUCACAGUCCUCUAUGCAAUUUCGGACUUGACUUUUGUCCUAUGGCCGGUCAUAAUCAUCUUUAACCUCAACAUGUCCGCCCGCCGCAAAGGUGCCAUCAUCGGUCUCAUUUCCCUGUCCCUCAUCACCAUGGGAGUUGUCACAUUGAAGAUUGUCAUGAUUCUGUUACGUUUGACUGUCCCACAAGCCGCAACCAGCAUCGUAGCACGAUACUAUCAAAGCAUAACCAAUUUGGUUGCCUCAAUCGAACAGUCUCUCGUUAUCAUCCUGGGAUGCGUUCCAACUCUGAAGCUCCACCACAUCAAAGUGCCUACUAUGCAUGAGGUAAACUCCUUCAUGGCCAGCCUCGUUCCCACCGCCCUUUCGAGUCGGAGCAGACAAGGUUCCUCGCACUCGUCUGGUACCGAAAAUUACCAAGAUUUGGAACUUUCACAUAGAGUCAAAGCCACGGACGAGGAAGGCGGUUAUAUAAAACCUUACUCGGUCACUGUGAAAGGGAGGACCUGAGCCAAGAGUACUGUGCUGUACUGGAUCCAUUGCAUCUCCCGCCUGGCUUAGUAUUUGUUUUGUGGGAGGUAUUGGGACCAUCUGAGGGUGAAUAUUAAUGGAUGUGGGUAUACAUAUAUCUAAGAACUUUAAAGUGUUGGAUU